AUGGUGGCAACAGAAGCUAUGGCCAACGAGCUUGCUGAAGGCAUUGAUGGCCUCAAGGUCAGCGACGAUGAACCACGUCUUGGCCCGGACGGGGAGCCCGCGCCCAAGACAGAUGAGGAGUAUGCUCAGGCCCAACUUACCGUGAGGGCCAUUGUGUCAUCCAAGGAGGCCGGCGUAAUCAUCGGCAAAGGGGGAAAGAAUGUUGCCGAUCUCCGUGAUGAGACGGGGGUCAAGGCCGGUGUUAGCAAGGUCGUUCAGGGCGUGCAUGAUCGCGUUUUGACCAUCACAGGCGGAUGCGAGGCCAUAUCCAAGGCGUAUGCCGUCGUGGCUCGCGCCCUCCUGGAAGGUGCACCUUCUAUGGGCAUGGGAGGCGUCGUCUCCAACAAUGGAACCCAUCCCAUCAAGCUACUCAUUUCUCACAACCAGAUGGGCACCAUCAUCGGCAGGCAAGGCCUUAAGAUCAAGCACAUUCAAGAUGUCUCUGGUGUCCGCAUGGUCGCACAGAAGGAAAUGCUUCCCCAAUCGACGGAGCGCGUCGUGGAGGUUCAGGGCACACCAGAAGGUAUUCAGCGUGCGGUCUGGGAGAUCUGCAAGUGUCUGAUUGACGAUUGGCAGCGAGGCACCGGCACUGUGCUCUACAACCCUGUUGUCCGCACGCAGCCGGCGGGCGCGACGCAAAUGGGAAGCAGUGGGGCCGGUUAUGGCACAUCCAACAGGGGCGACUACAGCUCUCCUAGGGUCACACGAACGGGUAACGGCGCUGACUUUAGCAACGGCGGUGGUCGUUCCUACAACAGACGCUCAGAUUCAGACGCAGCAAACCGUGGCCCACCAACCCAUGAUGAGAACGGUGAAGAAAUUCAAACGCAGAAUAUUAGUAUCCCGGCGGACAUGGUUGGCUGCAUUAUCGGCCGUGGGGGUAGUAAAAUCAGCGAAAUUCGCAAGACUUCCGGUGCUCGCAUAUCAAUUGCCAAGGCCCCUCACGAUGAGACGGGCGAGCGCAUGUUCACCAUCAUGGGCUCCGCCAAGGCUAACGAGACGGCGCUCUUUCUUCUGUAUGAGAACCUCGAGGCCGAGAAGAUGCGUCGGAGCCAGAUGACCUCCCCAGAGUAG